GAUAACCAAAUUUUCCCAUUUAUCUCUUUAUUUCUGGCAUAAUAAAUGAAAUCCAAUAAUUGCCUCAUCUCUUGCAUUAUUCAUGAUCCAAAAAGACUAUAAAAAUUGAGUGUGAAAGACGAACGAAGACCACGACUCUUCCCAUGGCUUAUUCACUGAAGAAGCUUAUCUCAAGCUUUCUACUUGUCUUAUACUCCACCAUCAUUGUUGCUUCAUCAGAAUCUCGAUGUCGGCGUUUUAAAUCGAUCAUCAGCUUUGGUGAUUCCAUCGCCGACACCGGAAAUUAUCUCCAUCUCUCCGACGUCAAUCAUCUUCCUCAAACCGCCUUUUUUCCUUAUGGUGAAAGCUUCUUCCAUCCUCCCUCUGGUCGUGCCUCUGAUGGCCGUCUCAUCAUCGACUUCAUCGCUGAAUUCUUGGGACUACCGUAUGUUCCACCUUACUUUGGAUCCCAAAACGUUAGCUUCGAACAAGGGAUCAAUUUCGCGGUGUAUGGAGCAACCGCAUUGGACCGAGCGUAUUUUGUGGCUAAAGGAAUCGAAUGUGAUUUCACCAAUGUUAGUUUAAGUGUUCAGCUUGACAUCUUCAAGCAGAUUUUGCCUAACCUUUGUGCCUCGUCUUCUCGUGAUUGCAGAGAGAUGCUUGGAGACUCGCUGAUACUCAUGGGAGAGAUUGGAGGAAACGACUUUUUUUACCCAUCCUUCGAAGGCAAAAGUAUCGAUGAAACCAAACUACAGGAUUUGAUCAUCAAAGCUAUUUCUUCUGCAAUUGUGGAUUUGAUCGCUUUAGGGGGCAAAACAUUUUUGGUACCCGGGGCAGAAGAAGACUACGACCCUUUGACAGGUUGUAUCCCACGGCUCAAUGAAUUAGGAGAGCGCGACAACGAACAACUUAAGACAGAACUCAAACGACUCCAAAAACUCUAUCCUGAUGUCAACAUCAUUUACGCUGACUACCAUAACUCCUUAUACCGGUUUUAUCAAGAACCAGCUAAAUAUGGGUUUAAGAACAGACCUUUGGCUGCUUGCUGUGGAGUGGGAGGUCAAUACAACUUCACUAUUAGUAAGGAGUGUGGAUCCGAAGGAGUUAGCUAUUGUCAAAAUCCUUCUGAGUAUGUGAAUUGGGAUGGUUAUCAUUUAACCGAAGCCGCGUACCAGAAGAUGGCUGAGGGUAUACUCAACGGUCCCUAUGCAACUCCUGCUUUCGACUGGUCCUGCCUUGGCUCUGGUUCAGUGGAUAAAGAGUAUUCUUUCAGCAGUUAGAAUUCAUUUGUUGUGAAAAAAAGAGGAAGAAAAUUAUGUGAUGAUGAUGAUGAUGAUGAUGAUGAUUAACAAACAUAUUGCUUGUACGGCAAGAUUUGACUAUUGACAAAAAUUUCCAGGAUAUAUGGCUAUAUGCAUAUGUCUUAUUAGUUA